GGCUCCGCCUGUGCCCGUGCCUGGUCCCGCCCCGGGCUGCCGGGGGCUGCGGUGGCCGAGCCCGCGCCCCGCUGCGGGUGCGCCCGGAUCGCUUGGGGAGUCGCGCGGCUGCGGGGCGCGCGAUGGCGGCAGCCAGGGCUGAGGCUCCAGGUAAAGGGCUGAGAGAGCGCCACAGCCUCGCUCUUAUGGUUUCCAGUCACACGACCCCAGGGACAAAACUCACAGCUCCCCGACCCAUCAACUCUCUUGUAACGGAGUUCCCAAGGAAACGGAAAGGCAGCGAUUCAGAGUCGGCCCAGGAAGCUCACAGCCAGAUGGAAAAGCGGCGGAGAGACAAGAUGAACCGCCUGAUCCAGGAGCUGUCAUCUAUGAUCCCUCCACUCAGCCCGGCUGCCCGAAAACUGGACAAGCUCAGCGUCCUGAGGAGGGCGGUGCAGUACUUGAGGUCUCUGAGAGGCAUGACAGAGUCUUUCUUAGGAGAGAAUUCUCGACCUUCAUUUAUUCAGAAUAAGGAGCUCAGUCACUUAAUCCUCAAGACAGCAGAAGGCUUCCUGUUCGUGGUUGGAUGUGAAAGAGGGCGGAUUCUCUUCGUAUCUAAGUCCAUCUCCAAAACCCUGCAGUAUGAUCAGGGCAGCCUGGUGGGGCAGAAUUUGUUUGACUUUUUACACCCAAAAGAUGUUGCCAAGGUAAAGGAACAACUUUCUUGUGAUGUUUCACCAAGAGAGAAACCCGUAGACACCAAAACCUCUCUGCAGGUUUACGGUCACGGCCACCCUGGGCGACCAAGCGUGCACUCCGGCUCCAGGCGGUCUUUCUUCUUCAGAAUGAAGAGCUGUAAAAUCCCCGUCAAAGAAGAGCUUCGAUGCUCACCCUGCUCAAAGAAGAAAGACCAUAGAAAAUUCUACACCGUCCAUUGCACUGGAUACUUAAGAAGCUGGCCUCCAAAUGCUGUUGGCAUGGAGAAGGAGAGGGGCAGUGAGAAGGACAGUGUUCCUCUCACCUGCCUUGUAGCCAUGGGACGGUUACAUCCAUACGCUGUCCCCCAGAAGAGCGGCAAGAUCAAAGUGAGGCCAGCUGAGUUUGUGACUCGCUUUGCCGUGAAUGGAAAAUUCGUCUACGUUGAUCAGAGGGCAACAGCAAUCUUAGGAUACCUGCCUCAGGAGCUCUUGGGAACUUCGUGUUAUGAAUAUGUUCAUCGCGAUGACCACAGUAAUUUGACUGACAAGCACAAAGCAGUUCUGCAGAGUAAGGAGAAAAUACUGACGGACUCGUACAAAUUCCGAGUGAAGGACGGCUCCUUCGUCACCCUGAAGAGCCAGUGGUCCAGCUUCACUAACCCUUGGACCAAAGAGCUGGAGUACAUCGUGUCGGUCAACACUCUGGUUCUGGGACGCAGUGACACGGGGACGCCAACCUUGCCUCCCUGCAGCAGCCAGUCCUCAGAAGACUCAUUCAGACAGUCCUGCGUCAGGGUGCCUGGCACAUCCACGGGGACCGUCCUCGGUGCUGGGAGUAUUGGAACAGAUAUUGCAAACGAGGUUCUGAGCUUACAGUGGCUACACUCGUCAUCCCCAGAAGAUUCGAAUCCUUCAGAGACAGAGGGAGACAGCCACAGUGUGAACUACAGGGACCCCAGUGUGCCCGUGUCCACGAAGGAACGCUUUUUACCGAGUUCUGAAACAGGGGGCCUGGAGGCUACCAGGCAACCCCAGCUCACUGAAGCUGCUCACAGUCACGGGCCACUGCUUGGUGGUUCCCCACCAGGCCCUCGGUGAUGAGAUUGGAACCCAGGGCUUCACGCUUGCUAGCUGGCACAGCACCUACCAACCCCCGAGCUGCAGCAGCCCCAGGCACGCAGAACUUUGAACAGAAGAGGCUGCUUAGCGUGACCAGCUGGAGGGUAAUGUUUGCAUCCAGCAAAAUUUUCUGGUCUUCCUGACCCUUCCCCUUGAAGCCCUAAGCCCAGAUCCUGGCUGCCCUGCAAGGUUUGCAUUCGAGCAAUUACGCUCGAAUUGUUGUAAUUAGGGUCCCUCCACUCCGCCCUCAGAAGCGGGGGCUGCUGCUGCUGCUGCUUGGUAAGGCGUGAGGGUCGCAAAGAUAUUUCUUGUAACUUCAAUCGAAGCUGAUGCUUCUCCUGGGUCUCUGUAUCAACAUCUGGAUGGACAGGCAUCCUGUGCUCUAGGCUUCCAGAAGGCAGAGCAAGGAACAGGGCAGCCUGCUUGCGAUUGCAAAGACAUUCCCAGCUGGUCGGCAGUAAAGUUGUGGAAUCAGUUGUGCCCAGGGCAGCGGGUGCUGGUGGAAGGUUCUAGUCAACACAGUGAGUGGCACCGGAUGUGCAAAGGCCCUCUCUCUCUCUCUCUCUCUCUCUCUCUCUCUCUCUCUCUCUCUCUCUCUCUCUCUCUCUCUCUCUCUCUCCUUCCCCGAGGGGACUUUUCCUGCACAGAGAACACUUACCUUUAAAGCCCCUUUGUCUCAGAUGGAGUCACAUAUUGUCUCCCAGGAGCUACUUAAGGAACAGAGGGAGUUAAAAUAUCUGAUAAUAGAGCCACUGAGCAGUCAGGCACGGUGGUGCACCUGUGAGCCCAGCACUCAGGAGGCUGAGGCAGGAGGAUUGCUAUGAGUUGUCAGGCCACCUAGGCUAUGUAGAGAGACCCUGUCUUUUUAGU